AUGUAAUAAGGACUAGCUUAAAAGAGAUUAUUGAUGGAUUUUAAGAAAAUAUAGUAAGAAAAUUAAGAAGACUUUAUGGCUUCCCCUUAAGAAAAUGAUAUUUUUCAUUGGGAAGCUGUGAUUUUUGGACCAGAAUAAACACCCUGGGAAGGAGGAUGCUUUGAAUUAAAAUUAGCUUUUACAAAUGAUUAUCCUACAAAACCACCUGAAGUUAGAUUUGCUCCUCCCAUAUAUCAUCCAAAUGUCUAUCCAGAUGGAAGAAUUUGCUUAGAUAUUUUAAAGGAACAAUGGACUCCAAUCUUGGAUGUGUGGGCAAUUUUAACAUCUAUUAGAUCGCUCUUGUGUGACCCAAAUCCGAAUUCGCCUGCAAACCCAGAGGCCGCUAAAUUAUAUAUGUCUGACAGAGCUGAAUAUUAUAGAAGAGUGAAGGAAUAGGUUGAGAAAACAUUAAACGGAAUUGAAGAAGAAAAAUGA